GUUUGUUUUGAUUUUUGCCAUAUUUUCGCUUUAAAUGAAUAUUCGGUGUAUUUAUUGGACAUAAGACUCAUUGAAAGCAUUGAUUAUUUGUUUUCAUAACAUUUCACACAAUUCUUCGCCAUUUGUUCACUGAAUCUCUUUAAUGUCUCAACAAUUGGUUUGUCUUUGAAAUCGAUGAGUAUUUUGUGAAUGAAUGUCAAAAAUGGCGAAUAAUUGCGGAUCAGAUUCAGACCUUACGUUUGAUUCUCCUGAGGAAGAGGUGCUGUACUUAAGAAGAAGAGUGUCUGAAUAUCAGUCAGAGUUGGAGGAGUUCCAGGAGUCGAGCCAUGAAUUGGAGGCCGAAUUGGAGGCACAACUGAAUCAGUCGGAGAAACGGAUCCAAGAGUUGUCUCAACAGAACUCACGGCUCGAGUCGGACAACGAGUCCCUGAAAGCAAAGUUCGCCAAACUAUCGGUCGAAAGUCAGAACCAAAUCCUUGAGCUCCAGAAGGAAGCGGCGGAACUGCAUUCAGCCAAUGAUCGGCUCACGUCUUACAUCCGAGAACUGGAACAGUCCAACGAUGACCUCGAGAGGGCUAAGAGGGCUCUCGACGCCACUCUCCAGGACUUCGACUCCCGACUCAACCAACAGAUUGAACGCAACGUUUUGCUGGAGAACGAGAUCGGAGAGAAGGAAGAGCUCCAGGAAGUGAUCCAACGGCUCAAAGACGAGGCAAGAGAUCUCAGACAAGAGCUUAUGGUUCAGCAGAAGGUCGACCCCAACACCGAUAAGAGACAUAAGCUAUCGAUGGAUAACUCGAUUAAUAAUAACAAUAACUGCAAUAAUAAUAACAAUAAUAACAAUAAUAAUAACCAUAAGGUUCGGAGUAAUAGUGUAAACGUGAGUCACUGCGAGACCCAAACAAACGGCACUCCUAUCAAACAAACGAGACUUAAUUACAUGAGUCGAUCCAUUUCCAACCCAACCUCCCCUUCGGUAGCCUCUCAGUGCCCGCCCACACAACCGCUGCCAUUACUGUCGCCGUCGACCCGUAUAUCUGCCCUCAAUAUAGUGAGUGAUUUACUGCGAAAAGUGGGAGCAUUGGAGUCAAAGCUGGCCUCUUGUCGUAAUAUCGUGACCACAAACUCCUCACUGAGCCGUAACUCAUCCCUCAACAACAGGUCAUCCAAUUCUACACCUAUUAGUUCUCCGGUCAAAGACCCCAUCAGAGACAUCAAUGCCAACAGUUAGAGACACAGACACGCAAACAGCACUUGUUGCAGACUUAUCACAACUCAUACUUCAUUGAAUACA